CAUACCUCUGGUUCGGCACCCCCGAACCAAGGAGGCUCGGAUUUCUUCCCUCUCUCUCUCUCCCUCCUUAUCCAUUCUCUCUCUUGAACAGUCGUCACCAUUUGACUUGUUUGGCUUUGGUAAUCUAGAUCAGCGUUCGACGAUCCAAACCCGAUCGAGAGCAAGGAGAUGGCGUUGGUGUCCGGGGCGAGAUCGAGCCUGAACCCGAAGGCGGAGCCGUUCAUCCCGAUGUCGUAUCGGCAGGUGGAGGAUUUCUCGCCCGCGUGGUGGGAGCUCGUGAAGGCGUCGUCUUGGUAUCGCGAUUACUGGCUGAGCCAGCGUGGGGACGACGAUUUCGGAGCGGAUGAUUGCGACGAUGCCUUUGGUUAUGAUGAGGAGGAUGAUAUGAUUCUGGAGAUCAUGUUCGUGGGUGAGCUGGAUGGUGUUGAUAAGAGGGAGAAUGGAGGAUCAGAUCCGAUGGGUGUUGGUGAAGAAGAGAGGAAACUGCUCCGUGGUGCGAAAAUGGAUGCCAAAGCUCUGUUGAAGAACCUGAGCAUACCAAAGCCACCCAAGGACAGAGCGCCCAAAUCGCCAGUAAUGGGGUCUCCAAAGUUCUGCAAGAAGUCAGUUCAGAAUGUGAGUGUUAAGUGCGCUCCUCGACGCAUUCAUCAGCCUCGCUGAAUGAGUUAUGAUCGAGUGAAGCAGUGAACUCCGUUUGGUCUUUAGUCUUUGGUACAUAACGAGGUUUCAAAUGCUUGUAGCUUCUGAUUCCUGUUAUGCUUUUGGUUUUUGUAGUUUUAUCAAGGCUUUCUCGGGGUGUACAAAUGGAAUAAUCAAUGAAAACAUUGGUCUUUGGAGUA